GUGAGAGGCAGCAUUUCUCCUCCGAGUUUAACCGUGUUGAUCCCGUAACAUUUUUGGUGGAGUCAUUUCAGGCAGAUCCACUCUCUGCCUCGUCUUGAAGUGGAUUGAGGGGAAGGGGCGAAAAAGGGGGGGAGGAGGCGUAGCGUGUGUGUUUAUGCCACUGCUGCAUCUGUAACGGUGUCGUGGGGGAGUGGGUGGAGGGCAGCGUUGUGAAUGAGUGAGGCAGCAGAGCAGCUGAGUGAGACUAACAAGUGGUUGCCAUGCAGCAGGAGCAAGCGUGCGUGCUCCUGGAGGGAGAGACAGAGAAACAGAAUGAUAAUGAGUAGGAGGCAGCGGGUGAGGGAGCAUGAGGAGAGGAGACGUCUCUGUGAGAGGAGACACAUCCCAGCAGCUGGAUCCAGCUCUCACCCCUGUGUCUGUGCCUCUCUCCUCCGCUCCUCUCCUCAUCUCUAGGUCUGGUCUGGACCACAGCCUGUGUCUGUGAUCUGGUGGGUGAUGACAUAAUGGACAUCCGUCUGAGGGCUUCAGGACGGAGGAGGUGCUGGACACACACCGCAGCAACAGGUCUGUGAGGACGGCGGGACGAUGACGGUAACAUGCAGGCUGCUGGACCUCUGACCCUCCUGAAGGAAAGAUGAGGCGCCCAGAUGCCGGUCUACCAUGUUUAGCGUCCACUACAACCACUCCCUUACUGCCAUGAGCGGAAACGACAUGAUGGCGCACUCUCUGACUCUGGAGCAGAAGACGACGUUUGCCUUCGUGGGGAUGCUGCUGGUGAUCCUGGGGCUGCUGAUAGUCCGCUGUUUCCGGAUCCUGCUGGACCCCUACAGCAGCAUGCCCUCCUCCAACUGGGCCGACGGCAUCGAAGGACUGGAGAAGGGAACGUUUGAAUACGCCCUGACUUAACACAGUACCACAUACACACACACACACACACACACACACACAUCCACAGACGCCCCCGGUCAAAGGAGGUGCCUACUGGAACACACACACAACGGACGCACAAAACAAUGCUUACACCAACGCAAACGCACACGAACCACAGCCCCUCAUGAUCAUUGCACACCAGACGGAGCGACCGUCCAGACGGAGCGACCGUCCGGACGUCUGUGUUGAUGGUGUCUGGUGUUUUCCAUUGUUGUUUUCCUGUUCGACCUCUGGCUGGUGUUGGUGGGACAGACCGGAGAGUGACGGUGCAGUGACAUUACUCCAUCCUGUCUGAAGACUCAGGGACAUGAAUCCUCGUGAAGCGUGAUUUCAGAAGGAGAAACAGUUCGACUUCACCUUUGCACAGAAAAAAACCUGCUCUGCACAAGAAUGUACCAGUGGUGUGUGCUUUCAUACAGGGUAUAACGUUCAUCUCGUACUUUGUGGACUUACCC